AUGGCCACCGAGAUGGUUAUCAAUUUACUAUUGGAAAUUUCAAUCGCCAUUUUUUUAAUACACCUAAUUAAUGCAUUCGUGUAUUUGGGUUCCGAAGACAAUGAUUAUAAAACCAUUGCCGUUAAAACCUUUGGGCAAUUGGCCAAAAUAGUGCUCUGGAUAGUGGCCGUUGUGUUGGUUAUUUCAACCAUAUUGCAGAUAGACCCCAUAAAGGUCAUUACGGGUUUGGGUGCGGUAACCGCUGUGUUGAUAUUGCUUUUUAAAGACACCAUUGUGGGGUUUGUCACAGGAAUUCAGGUGGCGUAUUCUCAAUUGGUUAAAGUGGGAGAUUGGAUAAAAGUCCCCAAAUAUGAAGCCGAUGGAUACAUCAAAGAAAUUGAUUUAAUGUCGGUUAAAAUCGAAAAUUUUGAUAAGACGGUGUCGUCCAUACCCUCUUAUGAUUUGGUGGCCACGGAAAUCAUCAAUUAUGAUCCCAUGACUACGGGCGGUACUCGCCGCAUCAAACGGGCCAUUGUGUUUAACGUGAAAAGCUUUCGAUUUUUAAGCGAUCAGGAUGUUCAAAUGUUUCAACAAUAUCAUUUAUUGGAAGGCUAUAUCAAACACCAUUGGCCGUUGAUCAAAGCCCACAAUCAAACACAAAAAAUCAACACCCAAAUAUUGGGCAAUGGUUUGAAUUUCACCAACAUUGGUUUGUUUAGGAAUUAUGUUCAAGCCUACAUUGCCAAUCAUCCCAAAAUAGACCCCAAAGGCCAACAAUUGGUACGCCAAUUGCAAAUGACCGAAAAAGGACUGGCAUUGGAGAUUUAUUGCUUUACAACCACCGCCAUUUGGAAGGACUUUGAAGAGAUUCAAUCCGAUAUAUUCGAUCAUUUAUUAACCAUUGCCACUCAAUUUGGAUUGGAUGUGGCCCACAACAAUUCAUCGAAUUAA